AUGGAGGGCCCCCCACAGGGCCACCGAGCCUAUGCUCGCCGCUGGGUCUUCCUGCUGGCGGUCAGCCUGCUGAGCUUCUCCAACGCGAUGCUGUGGCUCAGCUUUGCCCCUGUGGCAGACACCGUUGCUCAGCACUUCCUCCUGUCCAUGGAGCAGAUCAACUGGCUGUCACUGAUCUACCUUGUGGUGUCCAUCCCGUUUGGCGUGGCAGCCAUCUGGGUCGUGGACUCUGUGGGACUCCGUGUGGCUACCAUCCUGGGUGCAUGGCUGAACUUUGCCGGGAGUGUACUGCGUGCUCUGCCCGGCCUAGCUGGGAUUCCCAGUCCGUUUGCCUUCUUCAUGAGUGGCCAGAGCCUGUGUGCCCUGGCCCAGACUCUGGUCAUCUUCUCUCCAGCCAAGCUGGCUGCCUUGUGGUUCCCAGAGCAUCAGCGAACCACAGCCAACAUGCUAGGCACCAUGUCAAACCCCCUGGGCAUCCUUAUGGCCAAUGUGCUGUCACCCGCCCUGGUCAAGAAGGCAGAGGACAUCCCCGUGAUGCUUGGCGUCUACACCGGGCCUGCCGCCCUAGCCUGCCUGCUGUCCACCACCUGUCUCUGGGAGAGUGUACCCCCCACCCCACCCUCCGCCGGGGCUGCCAGCUCCACCUCAGAGGACUUCGUCCAAGGGCUCAAGCUGCUUGUCCAGAACAAGGCCUAUGUUAUCCUGGCUGUGUGCUUUGGUGGUGGCAUUGGCGUCUUCUCUAGCUUCUCAGCCCUCCUGGAGCAGAUCCUCUGUGUCAAUGGCUACUCCAAUGAGUUUUCAGGCCUCUGUGGGGCUCUCUUCAUCGUGUUUGGGAUCCUGGGUGCCCUGGCUCUUGGACUGUAUGUAGAUCGGACCAAGUGUUUCACUGAGGCCACCAAGAUAGGGCUCUGCCUCACCUCCAUGACCUGUGUGGCCUUUGCCCUGGUCUCCCAGCUGCAGGGACAGCAGGUGGCCCUGGCGGCCAUCUGUGCCCUGUUUGGGCUCUUCGGGUUCUCGGUGGCACCAGUGGCCACGGAGCUCGCUGUUGAGUGCUCGUUCCCUGUGGGGGAAGGAGCGGCUGCAGGCCUGGUCUUUGUCCUGGGGCAGGCCGAGGGAACGCUCAUCAUGCUGCUGGUGACAGCACUUACCGUGAAGAGUGCCAAGCCAUCUGUCUCUACCUGCCAGCAGGGCGAGGAACCGCUGGACUGGACCGUGUCCCUGCUGCUGCUGGCUGGCCUGUGUACCGUCUUCACGUGUGUCCUGGUCCUCUUCUUCCACACCCCGUACCGGCGCCUGCAGGCUGAGUCUGAAGGGCUCUCUCCAGCCAGGACCAAUACCCUGGAGCCCAGGAUCACGAGGCCCACUCCAGAGUUGCCCCUGGAGGCUCCCAGCUUAGCAUCCCUAGCCGGGACCCUGCAGGAAGCCCCUGCCCCUGGCCCUCUUCCCCCAGGACUAGCAGAGAUGAAAGACCCUGUCUUCAUCACCAGCCAGGUCUGCAGCUGGGGGCCAGUCCUCCAGGAGCCGGAGGCCACCAACAGCUCAGAUAAUGGGACCUUGAGUGGCUUCGAGGUAGCUGACAAACUUUGUGGGGCUGAGGAGUGGGUCACAGGGAAUGGGGCCCAGGACAGGGCUGGAGAAUGGCAGAUGGGAUGCUGCCUGGCAGCAGACACCUCCAGUGUCAACAAGGACUUAGGCAAACUCAGUGUCAGAGACGAUGUGCUGGAUGUAUUUCCCCAGGAGGCCUCGGGGCCUAUCAACUUCACUGUGUUCCUGAACCUAUUUGGAGAGAGGCUGAAUGGUUACCUGAAGCCCCGCGCGGAGGAGGAGAGGAGGGUGGCGGCGGAGGAGAAGAAGAGGCAGGACGAGCUGAAGCGGAUUGAGAGGCAGCUGGCCGAAGCCCAGGAAGACAGCAUACUUAAGUGA